AUGAAGGCGAGAGCACAAAAACCCACAAAAGGACGGUUGGAACAUAAACUUUUGAGAGAUUUUGGAGAAAGAGUUCUUCCACCUGAACGCAUAACCACCGCUACUCGAUCAGUGUAUACUUAUAUUUAUGUUGAAAUACAUCAUUUCAACGCAAUUAGAAACGUUAGUUUAACUAAUUCGUGUCUUGGUAGUGAGUUUCGAACAGAUUGUCUCAUGAACAAAGGAAAAACGAAAGAAAAAGCAAAAGAUUCUGUUGACAAUCAGUGCAAAUUGAGUCCCAAUUAA